GAGAGAAGGGGGGCGGGGUGUUGUUCGCCAAAGUCCACUCUAGCUUUGAGCACUAAUCGACCUAGAGCCGGCCUUAUGUCAUCUAUUUCAGGUAUUACAAGGGCCAAGAUGUAUCUCAGCCACCCCCUAUUUGGUAUGUCAAGGUGUUUGAACUUAGUUGCCAAGAGACAUUCCUUGACUUACAGCACAUUAAAAUUAUGCAAGAGAUCUUACUCAACUCGCAACAUCCUCAAGCUUUAUGAACGGGGAUUAUGGGCAGAUCGCUUCCCAGAUACCAAUGCAAAUGAUCUCAUCCAGGAACUGACCAGUUCUCCUCAGACUGUGUAUAGUGGAUUUGAUCCCACUGCAGAUUCCCUCCAUGUGGGUAAUUUACUGGUAAUAGUAGCACUUCUUCAUUGUCAGAGGGCUGGUCACAAUGUAAUAGCUCUUGUAGGUGGAGCAACUGCACAAGUUGGUGAUCCAAGUGGCCGUAGUAGUGAAAGACCACUUUUAAGUUCUGAAGAAGUAUAUUCUAAUGCAUCUGCAAUUGCGGAAACCCUGCAGAGAAUAUUCAGAAAUCAUAAUGAGAUUUUUUGGAAUGAAGAGAAGAAAGCCCUUCCAGAGUUAAG